AGAGCAGGAGAGGAGAGGAGAGCAGGACCGACGGGUGUUUGAUCGGUUUUAAAAAAAAAAAAAAAGAAAAGAAAAGCUGAGGAGCGUGAUGACAGAGCAGUGUGUGAACCAGCAGACGUCUCAGGAGGAUACCAGGAAGUCUAACAGAGGAGCCACAAAGCAUGAAGAAAGAGAUUAUCACUCAGACGUAGAGAACAUGGCAGAGGAACAACGUCACAGGAACGGGAGGCCGAGCAACGAGCAUCUGCAGGCCGUCGAACCCGAGCAGCACGAGCUCUCCAGCAAGAGGAAGCCGGUUUUAAUCAGGUCAAAGACCUUCGACCACACUCUGCUGACUCAGGUCCAGACCGACUCAGACUCCAAGUUAGAGAGGAAGAAGUCUCACUACAGCCAGCUUUCCAAGAGCAAUUGCCAGUACCAUAAAAUAUUUAAGGAGAUCAGCAAAGAGGAGCAGCUCAGACAAAGUUACCCUUGCGCCCUGCAGAAAGACAUGCUCUACCAGGGCCGAAUGUUUGUCUCGGACCACUGGAUCGGUUUCCACUCCAAAGUGUUUGGCAAAGACACAAAGAUCGCCAUCCCAGUCAUCUCCGUCACUCACAUCAAGAAGACCAAAACUGCCAUCUUGGUGCCAAACGCUCUGGUGAUCUCUACGGCCAACGACCGGUAUGUGUUCGUGUCCUUCCUGUCCAGAGACAACACCUACAAGUUCCUGAUGUCCGUCUGUCUUCAUCUGGAGGAGAAGAGUCCAUGCAGCAGCCCGAUCCCCUCCUCAGCUGAAAACAGCUUCAGGAGUCAGAGGUCUCCUCGAUCGCCCCAUUUUCCUCUGGCCUUCUCAGGUAAUUUCAGUGAUCUGGACGGAGCGGUGAGACAGAGGAGGCAGGAGAUGGAGGAAAGCAGCAGCUCGGAUUCCCAGACGCCCGACUACGACAAGAUAGCAGAGUUCCCUGUGCCUCCGUUCCUGGAUGUGUUGAAGCACACAGACAGCGCUGGACCUCCCGAACAUCCGGAUCAUCAACACAAAGUGAAGAAUCAGAACCAGAACCAGAACCAGCAGAGUCCAGACAACAAGCAGCACGACACACACCACGCAGUGUCAGAGGUUGUGAUCGACGGCAGGACGAUGAAACCAGUUUCUCUCAACACUCUGCUGUUUGUCUAUCUGCUGCUAGUGUGUAUCCUGGUGUUGUCUUCCUGUUAUUUGGCCUUUAAGAUCAUCUCACUGGAACAAAGACUGACGACACUCGGCUCCGUUACAGAGCUCACCCAACAUGAUAGCGACUUCCUGCGAGAGAGCAACGACGUGAACACAGAGCUUUUCUCUGAGCUGCUGUCCAUCAACCUGCUGAAGCUGGAGAAGGUGCAGAAGAACCUGCAGAGGCUGCUAGAAGAAGCUACCUGAUACUGGAAACCAGUAUAGGCACUAAAAACCACUGUGUAUAUAACUAUAAAUAUAUAUACUGUACAUAGAGAAUAUAGUUUAUUAUGCUAGAUGUUACAAACUGUUGAGUACUGUAUUGAAAAUACUUCACACAGCUCAGAUACUGUUGAACAGUCGCUGCCAACCUGUGAUUAAUGAGUCAUUGGCUGAUUUUAGACACAUUUGUAUCAGUAGAGUUUUAUAUUUGUAACGUACUGUACUGUACAUUUUAGUAUUUUCAGGGCUGCAUCAUGUGGUCGGGAGGCAUUAACAGGACUUUUGUCUCUCUGUGAAACAUUUUAACUUCCUGUUUACAGUAUGUGAAGAGAUCAGUGUUGUGUUCUCAGUGUUGGGUUUAUUUUUCUGAUCACUCAGUUUUGAUUGAUCGCAUUGAUCGACUGAAACAGGAAACACUUUCCUGUCUACGUGAUGACAUUAAGCCUAAAACAAUCAGCUCUGGACUUGAUCCUGGUUUUUGUAGAUACUCAACAAAACCUGACAGACGUUUCUUCAUGUUUACAUCAGGCU